AUGACAGAGACAUCACCCACAGCCCCUCGAGUCUCCGUAGCCAUAAUCGGGGCCGGCAUAGGAGGUUUAACCCUCGGCGCAUUUCUGCACCGACUGGGAAUCUCCUUCAUUAUACUCGAACGCACCGCCGUCCUCACCCCGCAGGGCGCCGGCAUUUCUCUGGCCCCGAACUGUCUCGCCGCGCUCCACCAGCUGGGUCUCUACGACAAGAUCAAGCACAACGCGCAGGAACUUCUCGGGGUCCGCGUCUACCGCGAGAAGGCCUGCUGGGGAACCAUCGACUUCGGACUCGCAGAGCGCUGGUUCGGGUAUAAUGUGCUGUCCAUUGAGCGGCACGAGUUCCAUGGGUAUCUGUACGAGGCGGCGGGGGGCGAGCAGGUGGUGAAGCUCGGCUGGAAUGUCGCUGACAUCGAGAACAUUGAAGGUCAUGAUGGCCCGCUCCGAGUUCUCGGCGACGACGGGCGAGAAGUGCAUGCUGAUAUCGUGGUUGGGGCGGAUGGAAUACGCAGUGUGACGAGGCGGACCCUAUCUCGAUCAAUUGGUCUACAGCCGGAGAAUACAAUCCGGUUCACGGGCCGCGUGCACAUGUCCGGCUACACCCAGCCCCUGACGCAUCUCUCCACGGACGAUCUGGGCAUCGCGCACUGGAUGCUGUACAACGACUGCAUUCUCACCACCUGGCCGUGUAAGGAGAACCGUCAAUGGUUCAUCGGGGUUAAGACCGUUGAUCGUGACGCGAAGAACCCUGACCGGUCUGUGUGGAAGGGCGCAACGCCCGAGACGGUGAACGGCGUGUAUGGUGGCAAGUUCCACCCGUUUGGGAAGGACACCAGUGUCGAAGCCAUUGUGAAUUCGUCCGAGCGCGUCGUUGCAAGCAAUGUCUUCGAGGAGGCGGAUUUCCCACACAUGGUUCGUGGCCGUGUUGCUCUUCUCGGUGAUGCCGCGCACUCCAUGACAUCGUUCUUCGGGCAGGGCGCCUGUCAAGCAAUCGAAGACGCCGUCGUACUAGCAGACUCCAUCUCUUUAUAUCUCCAAGCAGGCGACAAAACCGCCCUAGAGACCUACGCCCGCGUGCGCGAGAAGCGCGCACACGAUGUCGCCUCGUUCUCGGCGCGGUAUGCCCGCCUACAUACAGCAUCCUGGCCUAGAGCCGUCGCUGGGAAAGUGCUGCGGGCGAUUAUAUAUCGCAUGCUGCCGAGCGCGGGCUGGAUGUGGUAUUUGACUUGGUUGUAUGGCUUUCAGCCUGUUUCAAGAAGGUUGGAGGCUAUGCUCAAGGAGCAAUAG